AUGAAAAAAUCCUGGCAUCCGCUCUUGAUUAAAAAUCAAGAACGGGUGUGGAAGGAAGAGCAGAAGGCAUUGGAAGAACAAAAAAAGCUAACCCAAUUAAUGAAAGAAAAAGAAGAAGAAAGACAGUUGCAAGAAUUGAGAAAAUUACAGGAGAGUGCUGGCGGAAAGAAAGGGCCAGAAAGAUUGGACUGGAUGUACGCGGCAGGUCCUAAUCAAUCUAGUUCAGCCAAAGCCCAAGAAUUGGAGGAUUUCUUGUUGGGAAAAAAAUCUGUGGAUAAACUUAUUGAUAACGGCACAGCUUUGAUCACGACAAAUAUAAUCACUCAAAAAGGCGAUAUCGGUCUCGCAGUAGGUCUAUAUCUCCCCCAAGAAAACGUGAUAGGCGUAGCAGUCCUAUACGACGGAAUUAUCAUGAAAGGAAUGAUCAUCCAAAUGAUGGACGAUGCCAAAAAACUUACAGAAGAACGUAGGAAACGUGUAGAUGACGUCAAUAGGGAAGAAAAGGAAGAGGAAA